AUGAUCAGUCUACCCGUCACUGCGUUUCAGAUGCUGAUGUCGUUUGUUAUAGCUCGUAUUAUGACCAAAGCAACGAUGAAGAUCACCUGGAACGAACAGGCCGAUGCCAAGUUGCUGGCUGGUAUUCUGGCUACCACCCCAACCCCUAUCGACUUCCGUGCUCUUGCUGAGUACAUGGGUGAUGGAGUCACCGUCAGUGCCGUCCGCCACCGGGUCACUCGCCUUCGUGCCAAGGCUGAAGCAAAUGAUGGCAGCGGUACCUCUGCUCCUGCUUCCCCCGUGGCUAACAAGCGACAGCGUGCUACCCCAAAGAAGUCUGCCAAAGCCACUGCUUCAAAGUCCAAGGAAGCUGUUACUGAGUCUGGUGAAGGCCCAGUUCCCAAGGACGAGGAGACUGAUGAUGAGGAUGUGAAGGGCAAGAAGCCCAAGAUCAAGCAGGAGGACACUGAUUUGUCCAUCCUCAGCUCUGAUUCCUUCAAGGAGGAAGAAGGUCCAUCUGACCUCUAA